AGGGAAGGGGUUGACUUUGUCGAGUGGAAGACGUGGCCUCGCAACUCUCUAUUCCCUAACCAUACGGCUCUCUGUACUUUUUUCUUCUUUCUCUUUCGCAAGUCUUUGCACUAACGUCAUCUCUUGCGUUCUCUUUGUUCGGUUCUUUCAACCUAACUGCUCCUCUGUACGUCCUUGUACUUCCCCAUUGCCUUUUAUAACCAAAAGUCCAAAACAAGCAACCCCUUUCUUGCACGAAUAACCUGGAGAUUUAUAUUCUUUCACUUUGGGUUUCGGGAUUGGGAGUUGUAGUGUUAUUAAAAUAUGAUGUACGAACAGCAACAGCAGCAAGUGAGAAUGGAGUUGAGCAAGAGGGGAGAUGGGUGGAGAAGAUGGAUGGAGGAAGACAAGGUGGAGAUUGUGGACUUGAGUGGGAUGUCGUUGGAUUCUCUACCAAUCCCUUCUAUAAAUUUGGCUACUAUUUGCAAGUUAGACCUCUCCAACAAUAAUCUUCAGAGCAUGCCAGAGUCUCUGACAGCAAGAUUACUGAACGUGGUGGCGUUGGAUGUGCACUCUAAUCAGCUUAAGUCUCUCCCAAACUCCAUUUGUUGUCUGUCUAAGCUCAAAACUCUCAACGUUUCGGGCAAUCUUCUCCAAACUCUCCCUAAAACUAUUGAAAAUUGCAGGUCAUUGGAAGAAUUGAAUGCUAACUUCAACGAGCUUACAAUGCUGCCGAACACUAUUGGAUUUGAGCUAAUCAACCUGAAGAAACUCUCAGUCAACUCAAACAAGCUGAUUUUCCUCCCCCAAUCCAUCACGCACCUGACUUCCCUACGAGUUCUCGAUGCACGCCUCAAUUGCCUCAGGUCUCUCCCCCAAGAGUUGGAGAAUUUAAUCAAACUAGAGGUUCUGAAUGUAAGCCAAAACUUCCAGUACCUUGAAAACCUACCAUACUCCAUCGGCCUCCUCGUUUCCCUUGUGGAAUUGGACGUUAGUUACAACAAAAUAACAAGUUUGCCUGAUUCCAUCGGAUGCAUGAAGAAGCUCCAGAAGCUUUGCGUAGAAGGGAACCCCCUGGUUUCACCACCGAUGGAGGUAUUCGAGCAGAGCCUGCAUGCGGUUAAGGAGUAUCUGAGUGCGAAAAUGAACGCAGGGCAUAAAAGCCCCCAAAAGAAGAAAUCAUGGGUGGUGAAGUUGGUGAAAUAUGGGACCUUCAACGGGGGGCACAUGAUGAGAGGCGGAGGCCGCGGGGAGAGAGAGGGGUUCAUCAUGUCGGAAUAUAGGUCCAUCGACGGCCUUGCUUCGCCUCGGUACAUGCGGAUGUUCUCAACGCGUCGACUCUUCUCGCCCCGUACUUACUUUACCAGAUGAGGAAAAUGAAGAGGCUUUUAAUUUCUACUGUUUCAAAAUGUUUGCGUGCGGUGGAAUAUAUAUAUUUUUGAUAUAAACUGGAUAUCUCCAUUAAAUAUUAACUCAUAUACAAUGCUCGUUAAUAAUAGACAAUAGAAACUCAGGGCACUCUUCUAUCCGAUUAGAGUCAUCAUCAACCUUUUCCCCAUAUUUAGCUAAUGCAUGCGCCGCUCUAUUGCCUGCACGUCUAAUAUGAGUCACCUGGCAUUGAUGAAACGAUUUUGCAUUUAUCCGAGCCUCAUCCAUGAAGAUGCCGGUUGGAGUUAAAUCCGUACCAUCAGUUUUCAAACAAUUAUCACACCCAAUAAAUCCCCUUCCAAUAUAACGAUUUAUCAGACCCAAUGAAUCCCUUUAAAUAUAA